AUGAUACCAAGUAAUUUAAAUGAAAAUUAAUUUUAGACUCUCGUUAUUUGGCAAAAGGAUUUUAUAAUUUUAAUAUGAGUACUUCAGAUAUAAAUUAAUUCUUUGAUCAAAAUACUCUAACUGGUAAUAAUUUCUUGAGAGGAUAAAAAUUUUCGAUAUUUCCAUCCAAAUUUGCUUUAGAUGGAAUGGAAUAGUGCAAUAGAUAAAAAAUCAUGGAUUAUAUCCAAAGCUCCAUAUGCGGUUAAUAUUUGAUUUAAUUUUACAUAUGGAGAUGA